AUGGCGUGGCGUCAAUUCCAGCUCUUCGACACCAUCCCUAUACGAGAUCCCAAUUACAGGUCGAAUGAUCAACUUUACUCGGAUCUGUCGUUAUCGGCAAUCGGCGGCUCUUCCAACUAUCUCGUGAUAGCUGUAAAGCUGGCGUCUUUAAAGGUCAUAAACAAGCAGAUGGAGGCCGUGGGAGAGUUCCAGGCGUAUGACUGGGAUUAUAGGAUCACUUUUGUCAAAUCUGUGCCGAAUUCAGAUUUGGUAUUGACUAUAGCGGAGAAACUAGGAUCUCCACCCAUCAUUAAGUUAUGGGAUUUGCACAAAGUUUUGGACGCAGUACAGUCAGGAGUAGUAGAAACUCAUUUCAAGUACCAUACUAUGGUAACAAUCCACAAUGGCGACAAUUCAUACCCUAUAAGCUGCUUUCUGUUCAAUCACAGCCUCACAUGUUUGGCCAUAGGAUACACGAAUGGAAAAGUAGUUCUUGUUCGUGGAGAUCUUAUUCGAGACCGAGGAUCUAAGCAGCGAAUAGUGUACGAUUCCCACGACUCAAUCACAGGAGUUCAUUUCAAUAAGGCAUACGAUCUUAUUUAUGUGACCACCACCUCGAGAAUAAUCACCGUACAGACCACCGGCAGAAACUAUGGCCAGCCAAGUCGGAUCUUGUCCAAGAAAACAGGCGUGGACUUGCUCUGCAGUACCAUUGAUGACGAAACUCAAAAUAUGAUUGUGGCUACUCCAGAAUCCAUUCGCUAUUAUUCGCACCUUCGAAAGCUAGAAACUAUCUUGUUAGAUAUGCCGAAAAGGACCAUCCACAAGUACCACAAGAAUUACUUGCUAAUAGUGUCGCUUUCAGGCGAAGACUUGCAACUGACUAGAGUGGUGAUAAUCGACUUGGUCAACAAACAUAUUUCCUUCAGUCUCACCAUCCCAAAUGCAUCGAUCACUCACGUAUUCACAAUGUGGGACGACAUUUACCUCCUUGAUUCCAACGGCCUCCUCUAUCAACUCCAUGAAAAACCUAUUAACCAGCAGAUCGAAAUCAUUCUCCAGCGACAAUUGUUUUCCAUAGCUCAUAAACUUGCCGUGCAAUGGAAUCUUCCCAAAAAAAUGCUUUUAAAGAUUGAAAGACAGCAUGGAGACCAUCUCUACGAAUCUGGAAGCUUUGAGGAAUCAAUCCAAUGCUAUGCUCGCUGCCUCAACUUUUUUGACUGGAACGAUACCUCUGAUGAAACGGUUCAGGAAUUCAUUAUGAGCAUCAUUAUCAAAUUCAAAGACGUUUCCAAUACGAAAAAUCUCACGCAGUUCUUGACCAGCUUAUCUGAAAUCGGGUUUGCUGAUAACGAUCACAUUACUCUUCUCCUCUGUUGCUAUUGCAAGCUUCAGAUGGUUGAUGAGCUCGAUAAAUUUAUUGAAAAUUUGGACUUGUCUAAGAGUUCUAGUCUUCACAACUUAAAUUUCCAGUUGAUCAUAAAUCUUUUUAAGGAGUGUCAGUUUUAUCCUCAGGUGAUCAAAUUGCUAAAUAAGCUAGACCAGCCCAAUUUGAUUGUGGCUAUACAGCUCAACGACUUGAAACAGCCCAACCAGUGUCUCAAAUUCGUGAAGGGACUUCCAGUAGACGACUUGUUGUUGAUUUUGAUUGAGCAUUCGAAACAGUUACUAGAACAAUUACCACUUGAAACCACCGAACUUCUUAUCAAUGUGUUCACUGGAAGCUACAAACCAAUCAAGAUUGAGCCUACCGUCGACACAGAAAAUGGGAAAGCGAACGAGGCCGAGACUACAGGCACCCUCAGCAGUUAUAUGGCGUUUCUCAACUAUAUAGGUGGAGACCUGAAGGUUGAAAAGCUUCCUGAACCCAGCGAACCUACUUAUAUGCCUCCAAGGGCAAGUUUGAUAUUUUCAAGCUUUAUCAAUAAUCCAUACGAAUUCGUUAUCUUUUUGGAGGCAUGCAUACAUACUUUUGACAAGUACCAAGGAAAUUCCAACGACAAGAAAGACUUAUUGAUAACAUUGUUUGAAAGAUAUCUUUCAUUGGCAAAAUCGGACCCAGAGAAUGCCACUGAGUGGCUGAAAAAGGCUAAUGCUUUAAUUGCUCAAUAUCCAAAACUUUUGGACAGGCUGUCUGUGUUGUUACUUUCACAUAUUAAUGGGUUUCAAGAGGGCGAGAAGUUUUCUCAGCAGCAAAGUGGAUUCGAGGAAAGUUUAUUUCAAAGCGCUCAAAUCGUUGGUGAUAUUAAUGAGUGUUUCAAUAUUGUGAAGACGUACGGAGAUGCGAAACCAGCGCUAUUCAUGAUGUUGUUGCGGUACAUGGUUUCGCUGAAGACAGUAUUCAACAAAACUACACAAAAGGACAUGUCGUAUGUCCUUCGGAAUAUUCAAACGCAUCGUUUGGCAACGCCAAUAGAAGUGGUACGCAUACUAAGCAGCAAGGAUUUCACCACUUUAGGACUAGUGAAGGAUUAUCUCAUCGAAUACCUUGACGAGCAGUCACAGGAGAUAUCCAAUAACGAAAAACUUAUCCAGUCGUAUGAGAGCGAAUCCACCAAAAAUACUCUCAAACUAAACGAGUUGAAAUCACAACCAUUUUUGCUUCAGAACAACAAGUGCUCUAUGUGCCACUUGAAACUUGACUUUCCAAUGGUCCAUUUCAAAUGCAAACACUCUUAUCACCAGCGGUGUUUGAAUGAAAAUACGUUUAUGGCAGUAUCCAAACUGGCUAAUGAUUCAACUCAGCGCUGUCCUCUUUGCUUUAAAGACUUUGAUCAGGUUUCAGCACUCCGCGAGGAACAACUACAAGCCAAGGAUCAAGAACAAGAGUUCCAGCAACUCUUGGAAGAAACCACAGAUCGGUUCAGAUUGAUUACGGAUUACUUGGGUCGAGGAGUCAUGGAGGAAGAAUACGUUCCUAUCGUCGAGGAUUAA